AUGUCCAUGCUGGCGCUGGCGCUGCGCUCCGGGCUUAGCUCGGAAAACCCAGCGCGUCUCCCCAGGACAUUCGAGCUCGGAGCAGGCGUUUUAAUAAAUAAGCGCGAGGGCGACCGCGCUCCAGGCGCCCGAGGUUCAGAGGAGCAGCACCGAGACCCGGGCGGAGGGGAGCAGAGAGGCCCCGGGGCGAAGUGCAGACCGCGUGUAAGUUCGCGGCAAGGCGCGGGGAGCCCCCAGCCCAGGAAGGGGGAGCCCGGGAUCUGGAAACAGAAGCUGCACCAUCAGCCCGGCCCCGGGCGCACGUCGCUGGCUCCUUGGGUCCUGCGCCAGGCAGGACUCGGAGGCGCUCUCCAGAGACGCUCGCUGCUGCCUGCCGGGUGCCCGGUGCGGGCGCAGAACGACACGGAGCCCAUCGUGCUGGAGGGCAAGUGCCUGGUGGUCUGCGACUCGAGCCCGUCGGCGGACGGCGCCGUCACCUCCUCGCUGGGCAUCUCCGUGCGCUCCGGCAGCGCCAAGGUGGCCUUCUCCGCCACGCGGAGCACCAACCACGAGCCGUCCGAGAUGAGCAACCGCACGAUGACCAUCUACUUCGACCAGGUCUUAGUAAACAUUGGCAACCAUUUCGAUCUCGCCUCCAGUAUAUUUGUAGCCCCGAGAAAAGGGAUUUAUAGCUUCAGCUUCCACGUGGUCAAAGUGUACAAUAGACAGACCAUCCAGGUCAGUCUAAUGCAGAAUGGCUACCCAGUCAUCUCAGCGUUCGCGGGAGACCAGGACGUCACCAGAGAGGCGGCCAGCAACGGCGUCCUACUGCUGAUGGAGCGCGAGGACAAAGUUCACCUCAAGCUGGAGCGCGGCAACCUCAUGGGGGGCUGGAAGUACUCCACGUUCUCGGGCUUCUUGGUGUUCCCCCUAUAA